AUGUGUGUAAUAAAUUAUGUGAAACGGUCUACCGCAUUUAAAAUAUCUUUUUUUUGUGCUAGACAACACAAUUGCCAUGCUUCCCUAUUGGUUUUCCGGUGUCUACGUUAUUUUAGCACGGGCAAUUUAAGAAACAUAGGCAUAUCCGCCCAUAUUGACUGUGGUAAAACCACUUUAACGGAGAGAAUCCUCUUUUACACGGGGAAAAUCAAACAGAUUCACGAAGUGCGGGGUUCAGAUGGCGUAGGAGCCAAGAUGGAUUCCAUGGAAUUGGAGAGGGAACGUGGUAUUACCAUUCAAUCAGCCGCUACUUUUUGUAGCUGGAAGCUCAACGAUGAAACUCCAAUCAAAGAUAAAGAUUUAACUGACGGAGAGCCAGCUGGAUACAAUAUAAACAUAAUAGAUACUCCGGGACAUGUGGAUUUUACGGUAGAAGUAGAAAGAGCUUUGAAAGUUUUGGACGGUGCUAUAAUGUUGGUUUGUGCCGUUUCAGGAGUGCAAAGCCAAACGCUCACCGUGGAUCGACAAAUGAAGAGAUAUGAGGUACCUAGGUUGAUUUUUAUCAACAAAUUGGAUCGAGACGGUGCGGAUCCCCUGAGAUCCAUUGAAGCAGUCAAAAAAAGGCUUGGUAUCAAUGCUGUUUUACUGCAAAUACCAAUUGGAUUGGAGUCUAAGUUUUGCGGUGUUGUGGAUUUAAUUACCCAACGUGCUUACACUUUUAAGGGUAAUUGGGGUGAACAAGUUCAGGUAAUUGAUGUUCCCUAUGAUUUAAAGGAGCAAGUGAUUGAACAUCGCAAUAAUCUUAUAUUAUCUUUGGCAGAUCUGGAUGAUGAUAUAGCCAAUUUGUACCUAGACAACAAAGAGAUACCGAUCCAUUUGCUAUACAAGGUACUAAGAAAGUGUACUAUUGAUCGCAAGAUAUCGCCGGUUUUAAUGGGUUCGGCCAAAGGCAAUAUUGGCGUACAACCCUUAUUGGACGCUGUAUGCCGAUAUUUGCCUAGUCCGUUAGAAAUACCCCAAAAGGCCUUCAUAGAAGAUGGGUCGGAAAUACAAUUGCAAUGCAGUGAUAGGUUGCCAUUUGUGGGCUAUGCUUUCAAGGUAUUAGAAUCUGUAUCGAACAUGGGUCAAUUAACCUUUAUCAGGGUCUAUCAAGGACAAUUGAGGCAAGGAAUGUCAUUGUUGAUUAAUGAUGGUAUGGGUAAAAGGCAAUCUGUUAAAAAGCUGUACAAAAUGCACUCCAAUGAAGUAAUUAAUGAAGAAAAUGCUGCAUCCGGGGAUAUUGUUGCUGUUAGUGGAUUGUUUUGCAACAGCGGCAUGACUCUAACUGAUGGGAGGGUUAAAUGUUCACUCGGUUCAAUGCAUAUUCCCGAACUAGUUGUUUCAUUCUCUAUUAAGACUCCAAAUUUCCAGGAUCUCGACAAAUUUAGCAAGGCAAUAAACAGAUUUCAGAAAGAGGAUCCAACGUUUCGAGUGCACACAGAUCCAGAAUCUAAGGAGACAAUAAUUUCCGGAAUGGGAGAACUGCAUUUAUCUAUCUACAUUGAAAGAAUGAGGAGAGAGUAUGGAAUUGAGCUCAAGACCGGGCGGCCUCAGGUCAAUUUUAGAGAAGCAAUAACCAAACGAGUCGAUUACAAUUACACACAUAAGAUACAAUCAGGAGGCGCUGGUCAAUAUGCCAAGAUAAUUGGCUACUUUGAACCAAUUGAGGAUGAUCCAAAUGAUUUUAUGGAUGUUCAAUUUAAGUCACUACUUAUUGGGAAUGAUGUGCCGCCAAAUUAUGUUCCGGCCAUACAAAAGGGGUUCAUGGAAUGUGCUAAAAAGGGACUUUUAUGCGAAAAACCCCUGGUGAACACUAGGUUCGUAGUAAGCGACGGUGCCAGCCACGAAGUGGAUUCGUCUGAAUACUCAUUUAAGCAGGCAGCAAUUGGCGCUUUUAAGAAUUUUUAUCUAAAGGGCGACCCUGUGAUUCUGGAACCAAUAAUGAACGUAGAAGCAUUGGUGCCCGCGGAGUUUCAAAGUGCAACGAUUUCAUUGUUGACAAGAAAGAAGGGGGUUAUUACCAAUACCGUUAGGAAUGGCGAAACUAUUGCUAUUCACGCAAAUGUUGCUUUGAAGGAUAUGUUCGGAUUUAUAACCGAUUUGAGGUCUGCUACACAGGGACAGGGCGAGUUUUCUAUGGAAUUUUACCAGUAUCAGGAAAUGACCCAAUGA